AUGGAUCGAGAAUACACCCCGGAUCCUGUAUUUGCCCCGCAGAUAUUGGGCUCGCUUUUCUAUAUCGACAGGAAAUCGGGCGAGGUCAAGCAGAACUACCCUAUCGAUGCGGAGAAAAUCACAUUUGGAAGAGAUGCGGACUGUGACAUCCGGAUACACUGGGACGAUGUUUCCCGCGUUCACGCUGAGAUUCAAUUUGACCUCCUCGAGGGCUCAGCAAGUCCACCGUCUCAUUUGUUUGGACGUGUACUGAUAUGCAGGCCACUCUCUCGGUUAUCGGCUCCAACGCUCGAGCCCACCGCACGCCAAUCCCUUGCCUCUGGCGACAGCUUCAUCAUCCGCAAGAAGCUUUUCCGCUUCGAAUACCCCGACGCACCUACCUUCUCCACCUCUGUUCUCUCCCCAAGCAUUCUCAACACGCCCGUACGAGGGAAAGGCACGCCCGCCAAGCCAAGGGUCUCAAAUACGCCACUCCGCAGGCGCGCCAGCCACCGGCUCAGCCUUAUGCCGGCCGACAAGCCGUUUGUUCCGCUUUCGCCAAUGAAGCGGAGGCAGAGUAACGUUGGUCAUGGCGGAUCUACGCCGAAGCGGAGCCACCUGUCUCAGCCGGUAGAGGAGGAAGAGGAGGAGGAUGGCAACAUGGAGGGUAUCGUCGACGUGCAGAAGAAUGAGGAUGGGGACAUGAUCAUCCUUGAGACAAGGGAGGAGACGGCCGAGACUGCUGUGAAGCUGACAUCGCAGUCUGCGCCCGUACCGCCUAAAACCCCUCGCUCGAUUCCCCUCCCCGCGCCCGCCCAGACACCCUACGUCCAGACCCCACCUCGCGUUCCCUCCAAAGUCGCCAUGUCGACGCCUCCGGGACCGAUGACCCUCCACAAAGCUCUCCUCCUCCGUUCUGCCCGCAAGGCUUGGGUCGAAUCACGCCCGAACGACGUGGACGACGCAGUAGCGGACGGCAAGAUCGAGGUCGGAAGGCGGAAGAGCAAGAGCCCGUCCAAGGAGGAAGGGGCAGAAUCGAAGCGGAAGAGCUUGACGCCGCGGAAGAGCGUGCCGGCGCCGGAGCCGGACUCGGAUAUCAGUGAUGAGGAUGAGCAAGAGGAGCAAGAGAUUGCAGAGGGACGGGCCGAAUUGCAGUGGGUGCAAGAGGACCCGGGGGUGGAUGGGUCGUUUGCGGAGAGUGAUUCGGCGGAUGACAGUCUGGAGGCGGACAUGUCGCUUGAUAUUGUAAGUCUAGCUGGGGUAACCAUGGCCUGUCUCCAGCUGACGCGUCAGCCCGGUCAAGGUGUAUUCGAUCUGCACGCAGACGUCUCAGCCGGUUCGCCUUUGGAUGAGCACGAAGACUCCUAUGAGGAGGAUGAGGGUCACGCCGAGGAGGAACAUGAGGAAGAUGAAGAAGGCAAUGAGGAGAUCGAGUACGAUGAUCGAGACAUUGACGGCGAUGAAGAGGAAGAGGAGGAAGAGGACCUUUUCGCUGAGGCACCUAAUUCAGCUGACGUCCAGUCUCGGACGCUCGACCGCUUCUAUACACCACAAGUCUCGCGCAACCAGAACCAACCUCGCCGGUCUUUGGCUGCUAUCGGAGGCCCUGCUUCAAGGACCUUCGGCGUACCAGCCUCGCCCAACCCUCUUGGCGGCGGUGCUUUCCGGCCGACCCCAUCAAAGCCCGUGUCCAGCCAUCUCUCAGCGGCCUACGAAGAGGACGAGGAUGCGGACGAUCAGUCGGGCGAGGAGUCGCAUGCCCCUCUCCAGCCGUCUGUCUCUGAGCGCGAGCUGGCCGAGAUCAGGAAGCGCCGUCAAUCCCUCGCUACCCCCCGUCAACUCCCCGCAGCACCCAUGAGCUUCCGCGAACCCGUCAAGAGCGCCUUCAGCCUCGUCAAGACACCAUCCCACCCCGCUCUCACUCGGUCUCCCACAAAGGACAACGAGGACGAGCACGACGACACACCCAUCGGGGAUAUCAGGUCCCGGCUCAACAAGAUGAAGCGGGACUCGUCUGCCCGUGAGCUCGCUCGGCCGGCGGAGAGGAACGGACGGCGUGCCACGGUCGGUUUCGUCCUUCCCGAGACGCCCGCCAGGCCCACUGUCAAGGCCAGUGCGAGCUACACUGCCGCUCCUGCAGCGCGGUUCGGCGGUGCUGCUCCGCCCACGCCCCAGACGCCCGUCGUUAGCGCGUACGAGGAAGAAGGGGAUUCUGUCAUCUCUUCUUUGCAUCAGACACCCGUCAGGUCGACCGCCAAGAAGGUCGGAACGCCAUUCUCCCUCAUCCUCCGUACGCCCAUCCAGGAGUCGGAAGAGGCGGACGAAGAUGCCACUCCAGCGUCGCCGGAGAUCAUCACGUCUCAUCUACAGGCCACUACACCGGUCAAGCGCUCGGAGCGACCAGCUUCACGGGACCAGCGCCCUGAGCCAAAGACACCAUACAUGGGCGAUAUCCGGAACCUUUACCCCGCCAUCCCAUCACCCGCUUCGCCUGUUCUUUCGGGUAUCAAGAAUCUGUAUCCCGCCCUUCCCCUGCCGCCGAAGACUCCGGAUAUGAGGGGGAUGAAGGGGAUGUUCGCCGAACAGGCGACGGAGGCUGAGGUUGAGCAGGCGGUUGAAGUGGAGCAGGAGGUGCAGCGGAAGACGCCCCGGUCUAAGAGGAAGUCAUCUGCAGCGGUACAACAGGCCGAGCUACGGGUCACCGAGCAGGGGGGAUCCCAGUCGGCUGAGCUGCCAGUUAUCGCGGUCGAUCCCAGCGUUGACGAGGCCGCCGUUGCCAUCGAGCCCGUAGCAACGGCGGGAGCUACAUCUUCCGCUCGCAUCCGCUCGGCCAAGCCAACCGUGGAAGCGGUCAUCCCGGAGCGCAAGUCAGCGCCCGCUCGUACGCGUGUUGUCUCAGCGUCGAAGCCGGUCGAGGUCGAGAGGCCCUCUGCACCUUCUCGUCGCCGAGCAGCCGCUCCAGUCGCGGCGGCUCCUGCGGUCGACCCCAAGUCGAAGCCUACUCGUCGCGCCGCUGCAAGCAGUACGGAGGCCGAGCGGACCGAGGAGAAGGCGGCCAUCCCCAAGACGACCCGCUCUCGCGUACCUUCCGCCCAAACCGCCGCGGUCUCUCGUCCAGUUAGCCCGGAGAUCAAAUCCGCCCCUGCCGGCCGCGGACGGCCCAAGAAGGUCCUCUCGGAAACAUCCGAUCAGCCCGCCGGUGAGAUCGCAGCCAAGCCAGCUCCCUCGGCAGCUGCGUCCAAGCCUACACGAGCUCGCGCAGCUGCGGCGCCGGCUGCUGUGGUGGAGAGGAAGACUGUCUCAGCGCCGACGAGGCGGACGCGUGCGGUUAAGGAGGACGAAGGGGAGAAGGAGAAUGUAGCGGCCGAGGAGAAGGUGUCGGCUGGGCGGACGAGCAGGGCGAGGGGUGUCAAGAAGGAGGUGCCGGCGGUGGCGGUGGAGCCAGUGACGACGACGCGGGCGACGAGGAGUAGGAAGUGA